AUGGCGGUGGCGGUCCGCGGUCGGGUCGGAUCGGGUGGCGGAUCCGUAUUCCGGAGCUUCUUCAGCUACCGGAUCUUUGUGUCAGCCAUGUUCACGCUCCUAUUCCUUGCUACUCUAUCUGUCCUGCUCUCCUCUCAUCCCUCCCACAAUGAAUCCAUUAUGGACCAUACAGGAAGUGCCCAUGUAACUCAAACUUUUCUAACAUUGCACUCGGAUCCUCUGAAGACUAGGUUAAAUUUGAUGCAUAACCAGGCAAAUAACCAUAUUGCCUUAGUUAAUGCAUAUGGGACGUACGCGAGGAAGCUCAAACUUGAAAUAUCUAAGCAGCUUAAGAUGUUUGAGGAUUUGGCUAGGAAUUUUCUGGAUCUUCAACUGAAGCAGACAUAUCGGACUGCAUUGUUCGACUCCGAUGGGCCGGUUGACGAAGAUAUUUUGAGGCAGUUUGAGAAGGAGGUGAAGGAUAAAGUCAAAAUUGCCCGGCUGAUGAUUGUAGAUUCAAAGGAGUCUUAUGACAAUCAGUUGAAGAUCCAGAAAUUGAAAGACACGAUCUUUGCCGUUAAUGAGUUGCUUCUGAAGGCAAAGAAGAAUGGGGCCUUUGCCAGCCUAAUUGCUGCGAAAUCAACUCCAAAGAGUUUGCAUUGUCUUGCGAUGCGUCUCAUGGAAGAGAGAAUUGCACAUCCCAAGAAAUAUGAAGAUGAUGAGCCCAAGCCCGAGUUUGAAGACCCGACUUUGUACCAUUAUGCUCUGUUUUCAGACAAUGUGAUAGCAAUAUCUGUUGUGGUUAAUUCUGUUGUGAAGAAUGCAGACGAGCCAUGGAAACAUGUUUUCCAUGUUGUUACAGACAGGAUGAACUUUGCUGCCACUAAGGUUUGGUUCAAAAUGAGGCCAGUACAAGGGGGUGCCCAUAUUGAGAUCAAUGCAGUUGAUAAUUUCAAGUUCUUAACUUCCUCAUAUGCACCUGUCCUCAGACAAAUUGGAUCUGCAAAUUUGCAGAAAUUUUACUUUGAGACAAGGGCAGAGAACACCACUAAAGAUGUAAACAACAUGAAAUUUAGAAACCCCAAGUACUUAUCAAUGCUCAACCAUCUUCGGUUCUAUCUACCUGAACUGUAUCCAAAGCUCCACAAGAUUCUAUUUCUGGAUGAUGAUGUUGUGGUUCAGAAAGAUUUGACCGCCUUGUGGAAAAUUGAUAUGGAUGGGAAGGUUAAUGGUGCUGUUAGUACCUGCUUUGGCUCAUUCCACCGCUAUUCAGAAUAUUUGAACUUUUCUCAUCCUCUCAUCAAGGAGAAGUUUAAUUCAAGGUCCUGUGCAUGGGCUUUUGGCAUGAACAUAUUUGAUCUUGAUGCUUGGCGGCGGGAAAGAUGCACCGAGCAAUAUCAUUAUUGGCAGAAUCUUAAUGAGGAGCGAACGUUGUGGAAACUUGGUACUUUACCCGCUGGGCUCGUUACGUUUUACUCUACAACCAAGUCACUGGACAAAUCAUGGCAUGUGCUUGGGCUGGGGCUCAAUCCCAGCAUAUGUUUGGAGGAAAUUGAUAAGGCUGCUGUUAUCCAUUUCAGUGGGGACAUGAAACCUUGGCUGGAUAUUGCCAUGAACCGUUACAAGCAUCUCUGGACAAAAUACGUUGAUAAUGAAAUGGAAUUUGUGCAGAUGUGCAAUUUCGGCAUGUAA